GAGCCCGUCCAGGGCCUGCAGCUGUGGGUCAGCCUGAGGAGGGAGGACAAGAUGGUGGAGCCCCAGUACCAGGAGCUGAAGGACAGCCAGGUCCCCAAGCCCAGCAGGGAGGGGUCACUGUGGCCGUCAUCUCUGGACAGGCCCUGGGGGUACAGGUGAAGACCACCAUACUAACCAUAACCCUGGGUGUACAGGUGAGGAGCACCAUACUAACCAUAACCCUGGGGGUACAGGUGAGGAGCACCAUACUAACCAUAACCCUGGGUGUACAGGUGAGGAGCACCAUACUAACCAUAACCCUGGGGGUACAGGUGAGGAGCACCAUACUAACCAUAACCCUGGGGGUACAGGUGAGGAGCACCAUACUAACCAUAACCCUGGGUGUACAGGUGAGGAGCACCAUACUAACCAUAACCCUGGGUGUACAGGUGAGGAGCACCAUACUAACCAUAACCCUGGGGGUACAGGUGAGGAGCACCAUACUAACCAUAACCCUGGGGGUACAGGUGAGGAGCACCAUACUAACCAUAACCCGGGUGGUGGUAGUGGGUGUGGCUAGUUGUGCGGUUUUAGAGGCCCUCUUCUUGGCCGCAGAGACAAACUGCUGCUGUUUUAAAGCAAAUUUCCUGCAAUUCUAUACAUUUUGCCGCGGGGCAGAGAGAACAUUGUACUGUGUUUUUUAAAGCUAAUUUCAUGCCAUUACAAAAAAUGUGCC